AGGAGAGACUGCGACCAGCAAAACCCCUGAAACCACGCGGGAUGCCUCAGACCGCAAUUCUUUCCCGGAUGCUUUUCUCCAUAUUAACACUUUCUCAGGAAUCUAGUCACCCACCCACCCAAGUCUGCCCGCUGGGCUGUGGACAAGAGUGGAUGUCAAAUGCAGCCCAAGGCUCUGGCCCACGACGCCCAAACUCGCCCAUCCGCAAUCUGGAAUUUUUCUGGAUGCAACUUUCCUCGUCGGCCCCCCUUGCCCUCCCCCGGGGUCCAGGCAAGGCAAAGCCAGGACACACGGCGCAGCUGAUCUCCAUCCAGGAAUCCACCCCUCUUGCUUUUGCCUUUGGCGUGUUUUUUUUUUCUUUCUUUCUCCCAUCGUCCAUUCUGUUGCACCGGCGGCCUGUCACCGACCCCCCCGGGAGCCAUCACCGCUGUUUAGAAUCGGAUUUCGUGGGACCUCGGGACACCUUCCUUCCAAUGAAGGCCCCUGGUCUUCUUCAGACUUCUCGUCACCAUCCCCUGUUCCCAGGCAGAAGAAUCCGGCUUCUGCGAAAUACACUACGAAGUACGGAGUACGGGUACAAAGUUGCAAUCUCAUCGCUGCCAUCGACCACCGUCUACAAAGUACAUUCACUGCCACUGGGUUCUUUUGUCUCUAUCCGUAAUCACACUCGGCUUCUCGAGUCUUCUAUCUUGGCUGAUAUCAGCGCUGCUGUGGGUGCAUUUCCCAGGGCCAAGGGAGGCAAGUGCUCUAGUCAGGAACUGGAGGACCGGGAACACGGCCGGGACCUGCAGUCUGGCGCAUCUCUUGCUUCAAAAUUUGCCAUUUCCAAAGUUCGGGUACGGUGUACCAAGUCCAAGGCAUGGAAGAACUCAGGGAUAUUCAGCAAAUUUCUAAUAAGUCGUUUGAUUGCCGCCAUUUCGCUACCACACAAUCUGCUUAGCUCGCGGUUAACCGCAACUUGAGAAACAGUCACAGAACAGACUGACAGCAAACAGUCGUGCUGUGGCUUUUGGUGUCCUGGCGGGGACGUUGCACGCAUGCCACUGCUCCAUACGGGUACUUUACAAACAAAUCAAGGGCUUUUACGUGGGCUUCGGACCUGGUGCCGAAGCACUAUUGAAGUUGACGCAUGUCUGAUGAGGCUUCUACCCUAUCUUAGUUAACCAGGCACAACUUACACUUCCGCCCUUUACCACGAUUUACAAUCCAUGGGUCAUAACGCCCGCCGCGAUCGGAUGC